AUGAGCGUGAAUGCAAAGAUGUUUAACCAAGCAAAGACUCUCAGGCUGCACACCGGGAACAUUGUCAACAGAAGCCGGAUUAAAAAGAAGUGUCCUGGCUCUCCCAGUGAAGAGCUGCAAGACUGCAUUCAAGCUACCCUGAGCGACUGGUUUUCUCAGACAAAACUGAAUAUAGAGCAGAACUUUAAAGAUACACUGGACUGCUCCAUUCCUGAAGCAACAGAUGCAAUAACACCCGAAGAGCGAGAAGAGCUCAAAGUUUCAGCUAAACUGUUUCUUUGUGAGUCUGAUAAAUCUUCAAUCAAAGAAGCAGUUAAUUUGGCCUGCCAGACACUGGCUGUGUCCCAACUGGACUCGGUUAUAAUAGCGCCCCCUGGUCCCCCUGAGGGGGCCACGCAAGCCCUGGCUCACCUGCAGCCGGCCUGGGAGGAGCUGGAGGCUCUUGUGCACAGCCAACAGAUCGCAGCAAUUGGCACUUCUGACUUGGACAAAGAUCUUUUGGAACAACUUUAUAAUUGGGCUCAGGUCAAGCCCAGCAGUAAUCAGGUGAAUCUGGCGUCCUGCUGCGUGAUGCCUCCAGACCUCACCGCUUUUGCAAAAGAGUUUGACAUUCAGCUGCUCACACACAACGACGCCAAAGAGCUCAUGUCGGCAGCAGCGUUCCAGCAGGCCCUGCAGGAGGGGACGCAGGACCUCAGUGUCGCCGACUGGAGGCUGGAAUGGGUUCUACGAUACUCCAUUAUCGUCAAGAGCAGAGGCAUUAUCAAGUCCAAAGGUUAUUUAGUCAGUGCGAGGAAGGCCAGCCCCUAG